GCUGGAUGACCCACAUGCCGGACGGCCCUUUGAAGUCACCACCCCACCCACCACGGCCCAUACAUCGACCCCCUGUUGUGUCUGAAGAUUUAAACCUCACACCGUCCUGCUUAGAUCCCUGGAUUACCAAACUGGGAGGAUUAAACGGAGGACUGUGAUUAUCCUGAUCACAUAAUAGCCGUAUUCUGGACGUAAUUAACGAAAAUAAUUGUUUGCUAAAGAUAGACUUUGUUUUCGGUGUUUGAUUCUGAUUGUUCCAAGGAUUUUAAUGUGAAUUUCACUUGAAAGGAAAAAAAAAUAUGUUUUCAGAUGUUGUGAUAAAAUAAGAAGUUUAGCUUAUGAACCCGAUCAACUAUUGUGUCUAUUUACAGAAUUGUUUCCAACAUUUCAACGUCUCUGUAUAGCGUGCUACUGGUUGUGAUAACGUUCCCAGCAUCCCCUGUUAUUUUUUCCCAUCAUCCCUUUUACAUCCGGCCGAAACGGGACCUGUUGGGUAACGACAGGAUAAGGACCUCACUUCACGCAAGCGGACAUCUUUAACCACGUGACUGCACAGUUCACGCUUCGUUAACCUUCCCAUAUGGCCGACCUAGCUUUCGCCGACUGAAUAUGCACUUUCUCUGUCUGGGCGCCAUUUGUCAAAGACACGCACUAGUCAUGUAUGGGAGACUAGACUAUCACCCCCAAACUUGCAAGCGCUAGACUUAUCUACGUGAAACCCUACCGUAAUGAUAUGUUUACUUGGCUGAAAGUCUGGAUAGUUUCAUACAAGCGGACGUAUGUUCGAGCCAGCUAAGGACGGGACAUCAGCACUGCUUGUGAGGGACGGGCACUCCCCCCAAAGGCCCCAUGCCAAACCACGCUCCUGCAAGCUCGAGCCGUAGACCUCAGAGUAAUGCGGGCCUGUAAUGAGAAGAGUCAGCAGAGUCUACGAGUUCAGGGCCGACGGAGUCAGCGUCACUGUCAGUUCCAGAGUCUACAGAACAUUGCCUGCUACAUUUUUCUUUUGACACAAGUUCUUGGUGUUGUAUCAGACUACAUGGAGCCUACCUACCCCGAGCCUGUGUUCCUGCCCCGCCUACUUGACGUCACAGUCCGAGAAGGUGGACGGGCAGUUCUGCCUUGUGCCGUGCACUUCCUGGGCACCAAGCAGGUGACAUGGCGUCGUAUGGGAGACACCCACUUCCUGUCGGUGGGCGGUUUUCUGUGGGUGAAGGACCCAAAUUUGAACAUUCAGUACAAUGAGAUCACUCCGGAAGUGACGGAGUGGAACCUGGAGAUUAAAAAAGUGAAACCAGAGCACAGCGGAGUCUACGAAUGUAAAAUAUCAGACGUGGUCCCUCUCAUUAGAAAUGUCACGUUAAAUGUGACGGGGCCUCCGAUAGUUGAACCAGUCAGCCGCCCCCCAAUCAUCGUGUCCGGCAAGAACUACGUGGAGCGCGGCCAGUCCAUCCACCUCUACUGUAACGCCACAAGCCAGGAGGGCAUUGACCUUAGCAUCCGCUGGUUCAAGGACGGUGACCGGAUUGACCCCGCCAGCUACAAGCAUGUCGUCAUCACUAACUACAACCUUGUCGAACAGGGUAUCCUGGUGAGUGAGCUGUUCAUCGACAGAAGUCAAUCCUCGGACACAGGGACCUACAUCUGUAGGUCAUCAGCAGACUACAUCGACAGCAUAAAGGUCACUGUUCUCUUCGCCGAUACGACCAACGUAAAACGAGGUAUGUACACAAAUAACCAUGAAAACAACGGUACUAUAGAACAACCUUACGGCAGUCUAGACAGUAUAGCACAACAUGACCGGACUAUAGAAAUAAGAACGGAACAUGACGUCACAAGUAUGAGUGACCCGAGCGAAGGCCCAGACAACCAGCGACUGGAAUCCUCAACGACCCGCCCUCAGUGCCUUGUGUCUGCCCUCGUCUUGGGACUGAUGCUCUCCCUUAGCCUGUCUUGACAGAUUGAACACUCCACACGUCCAACAUCGGAAUGACGUCAAUGUGAAGUGAUAGAUAGACGUCAAUGUAGGGAGAAUGAUAAAGAUAAAACUCCACACGUCCAACAACGGAAUGACGUCAACGUGAAGUGAUAGAUAGACGUCAAUGUGAGGAGACUGAUAGAGACAAAACUCCAUACGUCCAACAAAGAAUGACGUCAGUUUAAUACAAUUUAUAGACGUCAAUGUGAAUACAGUCAAAACUUCUCACGUUCAAAAUGAACACAGUAUGACGUCAAUCAAGAACAUCUGUUCACAAAAUGUGCUCAGCGCUCAGUCUGCGGGGAGUAUGCUUCGCGGAAUAAGAGCAAUCUGAUUCGCGGAGCUAUAAUUAGGUUAUACUAGGCUACCCGUUAUCCUUGGAUAACUGUGGAGCUUUUGUCCUUCGUUCUUCUAAACAAAAAUUGUACUGAAAAAUUCGCAAGAUGUGUAGUUUACAUCCACUAGACUCAGAGUGACAUGAAAAUCUCGAUAUUUUAUUCCAAAAUAGGUGAUCCUUAAAUGUAAGCCUACAGCUUUAUUAAGCCGACGAACACCGGAAGAGAGCAUUUUUCAGAUUUCUAAAUACUGCAUACCUAGUUUGAUAAAUCACUAUUUCGAUACAGGGAUUUGGACCAAUUGUUGAAAUUAACUGGACAUCGAUUUAAAAAAUUGUAAACUAUUUUGAUACGCAAAAUCAUUUCUCAUCCAACUAAAGUCAAAUGUUUAGUAACAGAAACAGUGACGCUCAGAUUUCCGUUCUGCAGCCUUCUGAACUGAAGUGUCGCUUUUCGCGUGUUUGUUAAUGUAUGGUUGUCUAGCUACCUCGGUCCACAUUUGUACAUAGACUUUGAUAAAGGGAGAGAACUUUUUCGAAGAAGGGAAACAACUCUGAUUUGGAUAUUGCGGAUCGCAAACUUCGGAGAAAUAAAUAAAAGACUAACUGUAACUUUCUUUUUAGUGGCAGGCAAGAAACCAGGUUGUGAUUAGACAUCUUCCAUCAAGUUGUAUAUUUUCCAGCACAAAAAUUAAAUUAAUCAUAUCAAUCAAACAGGUUAUCAUAUCGUCCAUCGUGUAGAUAAUAAAUGGCUAGCCUCCCUUGAUAUACUUCGCUAUAAUGGUGUACAAUUUAUUUAUUUGUUGUUGUUUUACUUGUGUAUAUUUGUUGAAAAAUGUGAGGACGUUCUUUGUGUGAUAGGUGAUAGUGGAUGUCUGCGUGUGAUUUAUUACGGUUAGCUGUGUGGGUGACUUAUGUGAUAUAGGUUAUCUGUGCGGGGACUUUAUGUGGUUAAUAGCGGGUUAUCUGUGUGGGGAAUUUUAUGAGGGUUAUUGUUUGUUAUCUGUGAGGGUGACUUGAGUGUCAUGCAUGUGGGAAGUGUGUGUGAGUGAUGUUAGCGUAAUGAUUGUGAAAUUUGUUCACGGAUAACUUUUAUGUGAAGUUAGUACAUCAUAAGUGUGCAUGAUCUUCAGGUGAUAUAGUUAGGUUUGGUUGUAUGUGUGGGUGAUUCUAAAGAUGAUUUUUGUGGGUGACUGAAUGUAUUUUUUUUUGCUAACUUUCUAGUCAUCUGUGUGGGUUUUGUAUGUGGGUGAUGUGCAUACGUGGCAUACACAGAAGACCCGAGCAUGUUUCAUAUUUGGAUGUCAUAUGGAAAUGACAUGUACACAGCAUGUACACAUAGGUGAAGAUGUCAAAUUACCUUUAUGUACAAUCUAUGUCACACAUAAAUAUCAACACGCUUAGUGACCUAGAUAUAAUGUGACGUGUUCCACCCGUCUCCGGUCUGUAAAAUGACCUAUAUGUCAGUGACCCAUAAAAGUGAUCUAAUCGUGUGACCUAAUUAAACGAAGCGUGCCGGUGUGGAAAACUAUUGCUGGUCAUAUUAUGAGACAUUUGAGGAUAAAUUUAGAAUAUGUCUUGUAACAAUGAUAUGCCGCUGUGAGAUAGUCUUCAAGGAAAUAAAACAAUGACUAAUGUUUAAUAAAUGAUGUAAACAUUGAUUUACUUAUAAUUUACAUGUUGAUACUCAUAUGAAAUCCACUUGUUGUUUUUAUGUACGUAUUUAUUUAU